AUGAGAGAGAAGAAAGCCUCCAAAUCUUCAUCUUCGACCUCUCCUUGUGCCCCACUUCGCGACGCAUACCACAAUUGCUUCAACAGGUGGUACGCCGAGAAAUUCAUGAAGGGUCACUGGGACAAACAAGAAUGUGUUUCUGAAUGGCGAGAAUACCGAGCUUGCCUUUCUGAACAUUUGGAAGAUAAGCAUCUGAUUCGUUUCUUACAAGCUGAAGGCAUUGUUCAAGACAGUGGUGUUACUUCUCGGUAA